AUGAGCAGCAGCUGCCAAAGCAUUGCAACGGCGGCCAGCAGUGCCGCCACCACUGCAGCCGCCGUCUCGAUAUCCGUUUCCAAUGCCACCUCAGUGGGUUCGCUCAUUGCCGCCGCCUGCAUGCAGCAGCAGAAUCAACAGCAGCAGCCACCCACAUCCCACUAUGUGAAUGGAACGGGCAGCUUGGGUCGACUCAAGUUCCAUCACAAGAGUCUCGAUGCCAGCGAUGAGGAGCUGGAGUACACGCAGCUGUCGCGGUCCACACACAUCCUUGGUCGCUAUAAGUCGGAGCGUUUCUUGGCCUCCAAGCCGGAUGAGGAUCGACGUCGUCGCACCAUCAUUGUGGAGAAGAAGAACGACUCUUAUGGCUUUACAUUGCAAAGCUAUGGCAUACACUACAAAUGCGAUGAGGAGCUGGAGAUGAUUACCUAUGUGGACUACGUGGAAUAUGGCGGUCCGGCGUAUCGUGCUGGGAUGCGUGAGGGCGACGUUAUACUCUCCAUCAAUGGCAACGAUAUGGAAAAGGCCGAUCACAAGACCAUUGUGGAGUUCAUCAAGAAAUGUGACAUGAGAAUGCGCAUGGUGGUGUUGUUUGAGGAUUGCGUGCGAAAGGUGGAUCUGCAUAUGCGCUACAUUCAACUGCAGACGUUGCUGCAGCAGAAGAUGAACGAGCUGGAGCGAGUGCAUCUGCGGGAGCGGGAGCUGCUGGAGGGCAAGUGGAAGACGCACAGUUUGCCGGCACGUAAGAAGGCCAAUGCGAAUACCUCUCCCAGUGAUGGCGAGGGAGUUUCACCCACAGAGUCUACUGCCAUCGAGACGGGCUUCUACCGACCGGCGCUGUCCACGGAGGAUGUGGCUAACAUGGCGAUGAGACAACAACCGGUUAUAAUACCACCGCCAGCACAGUUCAUGCUCACCUAUCAUUAUCUGGAUCCCACUUAUCGUUAUGUGCUGCGACCGACGCCUGGCAAUGCCGACAACUAUAUCGAAGGUGGCCUCAUUGGAUUGCAGCGGAGCAGCAGCAACGAUCACCAGGCAAGCCAGCAACCACAGCAGCAACAGCAGCAGCAGCGUUACAUGAUGCAGCGCACCGAAUCCUUGGACACAAACACCGCCAGUCAGGCAACGGCAAGCACAACACAGCAAUAUCACAGCGCAAGUGGUGGGUCAGCGGUGAAACCACCAGCACCACCACCGCGCACCUGUGAGAAGCACAAGCCGCCCGCAAAGCCGCCCAAGUUGGAGAAGUCAAAGCAUUGCCAUGCCGGCCACUCUUGCAAUCCCUGUGUGGGCCACUUUCGCUGGAAGUCAUCGGAGAAGUCGCACAGCAACGGCGACAAUGUGAGCCUGGAUGCCUAUGAUCUGGCCAGUCCCUGUUGCGAUACACAGUGUGUGCCGUCGCGACGUCGUCAUCGCCAGCACAAGGAGCACGUGCAUAAGCAUAAGCAUCGCGAGCGGGAACGGGAGCGGGAACGUUCGGAGGGAAAGGAGAAGCAAGCCACAACGCGAGCCAAUUCCCAGACGCAUGCCACGACCAGUCCGGCGAUGGAGCGACAGGCGGGCCAUCAUCAUCAUCACCAUCAUCGCCACAGGCAUGACCAAACGCCGCCAGCCCAGCCGCAUCAUCAUUACCAUCAUCAGGCGCCUCAAGCGCAGUCCCAAUCCCAUUCCCAUUCCCAUUCCCAGGCGGGCAGUGUGCGAUCUCGUUACUUUGACUUGGCCUCGGGUCUGGCCAGUCAUUGUAGUCUGCAUUCGUGCACUUCCAGUGAAUUCGCGCCAGGGGACUCCGCCUCCUACACCACCUCCAUCAGCACGGAUACGCUGUUCUGGGAUCCCAAGAGCGAUGCAGCUCAAGCCUCGCGACAGCAUUCGACCAAGUCGCGACAGUCCUAUGAGCAGCAGCCACAGCAGCAACAACCUCCGGCACAGCAGCAUCCACAUGUGCAUGCUCAUCAUCAUCACCAGCCGCAUUAUCAUGUGACUGCAACACAGGUGCAGCCGUCCCAGAUCUAUCCCCAUACCAUGGCCUACGUGCAGAAGCCCAAGUCCUGGGAUAAUUUGGCCAACAAGGGUCUGAUUGGUCAGGGUUAUGGCUAUGGUUAUCUGGACACGGUGGCCAUGAAUCCGCCCGUGAAGCUGCAGGUUUCCCAGCAACGUCACUCGAUGCCACGACGUAAUCCCUAUGGACGCUACUCAACCUAUGGCGAUGUGGAGAACUAUGCACCGCCGCCCACAGAAUUUGUGGGUGAGUUGACAACCACCACGACCACAACGAUUACGGCCAAGUCCACGGAGGAGCUGCUGGCGGCCUGCGAUUGCCUGACGCCGCAGCAGCAACAGGCUCUGAAGGCGGCCCAAUAUCAACUUAAGCAAAAUCAGAAGUUAUCCCAUCACAAUACCUGUCAAAUGGGAUACUAUUCACAUCUUCCACGACCCACCACGGAUGUGGGCAUCUCGACUAGCCAGCAGCAGCAGCAGCAACAACAACCACAACAACAGCAUCAACAACAGUCAAAUAAUGGCUGCGAUGUGGCCACCGUAUCGGAGGCGACACGCUUGUAAACAGGCUGCAACGCCUAUGAUGAACCGUCUUUUUGAGUAGACUCCAAAAUGUAUGCACUCGAUAACGUAUUCUAAAGCAAAAGCCAACAACAGCAGCACACAGCAAAUGCGCUGCUUCGAGUCGAGGCGCUGAACACAAAUAAUUUAUGGCUCUGAUCGCAGGAUAUACAGAAACAAAAGAGCUCAUCGCUGCUCCAAAGUAUUGCUCAAUAAAUACAUAUCCAUCAUUCAUUUGUAAACUGUUUGCGGCAUUCAUGAGUGCAUUCAUUUUGGCUCCUCUCAACACUCGAAUUUGUACAUCGAAACAAUUAGCAGACGUUGCAAACGUAACUAAGCCAAAUUUUUUAACUUUUAACUUGCACUUCUCAAGAAACAAGAAGAAUCACAUAAGCUAUAACCCAUUAGGUCUGUUCUGGAAUUAAAUUUCACUUUGUUUUCGAAUAAGUGUAAAUUUGUUGCGAUAUCAAAUACGGAACAGUCCUAUAUCUAUAUGAUUUACAUAUGUACGAUGACUAGACGCAUUGCAGUUUCUGAUUUUCUGGAUUUUUUUAAAGACUGAAAGCUACGCGGAUAUUUUAAAAGAGAGGUUUAAGAUCUGGCGUCAGUAAAUCAUAAGUAGUUGAAAUACUGUAAUACUUACAUACAUAUAUGCAUGUAGUUAUUGUUUUUACCAUAAUGUAAAGGAAAUAUUUAUUAUAGAUCAAUAAUAGAUCUGAAUUACUGAUAUCGAGCAAUGUAUUUUAUUCAUUGUGAUAGUGUGAACUUAUUGGGCACUGAAAAUCAACAACAAUUUUAAUGUGUACGAUUAUAGAUAUAUAUUUGAUUAAAAAUGAGAAAAAUGGCGCUUUUUAUGUAAUGCUAAUUGUAAAUGUUAUAGUAAUUUAUGUAAUGCAAUAAACUUCAGUGUGUGUUCAUGUAGUAUGACUCAGAGAAA